AUGUGGCUCGGGGGAUAUGGUGGAUAUGGUAGAGGACCUGGUGGCUCCAAUGGUGGUGAAGGUUCAUGUGGUGCCGAGCGCAGCGGAUCUGGUGGUUUUGGGAGAGGAGCGGUCGCGGUUUGCCUCCUCGUCACCACUCGAGAGAAGAGUCGAUGGCUUUAUAUGAGAGGUGGUUCACCGGAGAAGCGGGUCCAGGCGACAAAGAGAGAGAGACAUAAGCGAUACACAAUUUGCAAUUGGUGA